GUGGAGAAGAUGCAGGUGAAUCAAUGUUCUCCCUAUCAUCAGAGCCGGUUGACGCAGUUGUAGUGGAUGGCGAGAGUGUGGUACUCUCUUGUGGGGCGCCGCCCCCCGCGCGUCUGUCCUGGAGGUACAGCGCUAGUGCCCCACCCACUCGGGACCAUGCCCUACCACGUGCGGAUACUUACAGGAGACAGCUAGCAAACGGGUCUUUAGCUAUAGAGAACAUGUCAGCAACAUUGGCUGGACAGUACCAGUGCGUCGCCACUAUGGAUGGCAUCGGCACUAUUGUGUCAAGGGUAGCCAGUUUGUUCCUAGCAGAAAUCCCUGAAAUAGAGGAAGGCCCUCGAGUGAUAAUGGGUGUUUUGGGAUCACCAGCUCUACUGACGUGUCCAUUUAGACUGCCCUCUCGACUGGCUGUACGCAUCAUACCCUCACCCUCGUCCCCCGUCGAGAGAAGGGUCUAUGGAGCAGCAAAAAUACAUUCGCCACCCCCAGUUCUUAAACUUAAUGUGACGUGGCUAAAAAACGGUUCUCCACUACGUAUGGAGGCUGCGCGGGUCUCCCUCACACCAGGCGGGUCUCUUGAGCUCGAUCCAUUGCGAGCUCACGACGCAGCCAAGUACCGGUGUAGUGUGGCUCUGGCGUUCUCACAUUCACAGACUAAAUUAGGUCCUGAAAUUGAGUUGAAGGUCAACAGUGAGCUUGCCAACUUAGAGUCAGCUCCUCGCUUCAUAGCAACACCACAAUCCGUUACUGUGAUGGAAGGUGCAUCUGUGACCUUAGAUUGUGCGGCUAUUGGAAACCCAAAGCCUGAAAUGGUGUGGCUGAACAACGGUGUUGCUAUUGAUCUGAACGAUUUAGACUCCCGAUUCUACCUGGCUGGUUCAGGUUCGCUUCGUGUGUCGACCGCGCGCGCGCAAGACGCCGGCACGUACACUUGCCGUGCCGCCAGUGCGCUGGAUGCGGCGGAUCAUUCCGCUGUGUUACAUGUUAUGACGGCGCCCCGAGUCACACUAAAGGAAGGUUCAAUAGUGCGAGCACGCACACGUGGUGACGUCACACUACGGUGUGAAGUGCGGGGACGCCCCACGCCGACUGUCACGUGGCUGAAAGACGGGGAACCCCUCACACCGAACAACCACGAUAUAGCUUUGGUUGAUGGCACGUCACUACGUAUUCGAGGCGUGUUAGACGUGGACGCGGGCGUGUUCCAAUGCUCGGCCUCUUCCCCCGCUGGCAGUGCUGUGGCAGCUCUACGUCUACUUGUGUCUCCGCAUGAAUUGGAGGGGGGGAUGAAGGGAAACAGCACUAUAGUGACUGCCCCGCGGGAUUUGAGGGCCGUGAUAGUAAAACAUAGGUUUGUCACGUUGAGUUGGCAAGAACCGGAACAUAAGAUGGAGGAUGUAACAGGAUAUGUUAUUUUGUACAAAGUGAAGGGCAGCGUACGAGAACGUAUGUCCCGAGGUGAAGGACGAAGGCAUGAAAUGAAUGUUGCGGCGUUACAACCGAAUACAACAUACCAGUUCCAGGCUGUGGCUCUCACUCAUCACGCAGCUUCACCGCCCACUGAGAUAAUCGAAGUGACGACCCCCGAAGAGGAAUUGACUUACGGCGCAGUACAGAACUUGCAGGCGGAGGCGUUGGGUGCGCACGCGCUGCGAGUUUGGUGGGAACGUCCAUCCCCCUUGCCAUCUGUAACCUCACCCCCACCCCCUACACGAUAUGCUGUGUAUUAUACUGAGAUGGAAUCAGGUCGGGAACAGUCCCAAUGGAUCGAAGGGUUAUCGGUGACUCUGAGUGGGUUGCGGGCGGCAACCCAGUACCGCGUGCGGGUUUCGGCAGCGGGCGGCGUGACGCGCGAGCUGAUAGCUCACACGCCUUCAGAUGUACCAGCUGCAGCACCUGUUAAUGUUACUGCUGUUGGAAGUGGGGAUACGUCAAUCCUGGUAAGAUGGGAGGCCCCUCCAACUCGCACCCAUCGAGGGCCCCUCACUGGGUACAAAGUACGGUAUCGUGCCACGGGGGCCUUAGGUGGUUCGGGGGGCACGGGGAACUCACGGAGACGAGCGGACUCUCUAACUACCCCCGCAGAUACCCGUCGUGCUGAGUUAAGGGGGUUGGAACCAGCACAGACAUAUCAGAUAAGAGUGUGCGCAAUGAACGCGAAUGGCUCGGGCCCGUUCAGCGAAUGGGUGACGGCGAGCACGCAGGCGCGACGCCGCGCGGAGACCGCCGUGCCCGCGCAGCCACCGCCCUUGACCACACGCGCUGGCCGCGACUGGAUCUCAGUGUGGUGGGGGGAGGACGGGGUAGAGGAGGGGGCGGGAGGAGGAGUGGGGGGAGGCCUCGUACGGGGCUACUGGCUGGGCUGGGGGCUGGGAGUGCCGGACUCGCACUCGCGCGAGUUGCCCGCGCAUGCGCACUCGCACGUUAUAAGGGCUUUGGAAUCGAACUCCGAAUACGUAAUAUCACUUCGCGCGAGCAACGCUCUCGGCCUGGGCCCCGCGGUGUACGCCACCGUCCGGACGAAACCCGCGGAGCCGGAUGAUGAUGAUGAGCCGGAUGAACCGGACACAGAUGUGGAUGAUCCGGAUGAGGAGGAAGAUGACACUCCCCCCCUGAUACCACCCGUGGGGGUGAAGGUAAUAAUGUUGAGCGGGACUACGGCCGUGGUGUACUGGACGGAUCCCACUUUGCCGAAAGGACAGACGGCCACAGACGGGCGUCGAUACGCGGUGCGUUGGUCGGGCGGCGGCCGCACGCGCGUCUACAACGCCUCCGACCUCAACUGUAUGGUGGACGAUCUGCGCCCAUACACGCACUACGAGUUCAGCGUCAAACUCAUACGAGGUGGACGCGAGUCGGCCUGGUCAAUGUUAGCGUCCAAUACAUCCCUCGAGGCAGCUCCGGGGACUCCCCCGCGGGACUUGCGAGUGUCGCCCGCAGCGCCCUCAGCCCGCGCAGCGGAUCUCACCUGGAAUCCCCCUGCUCGACCUAAUGGGCAGAUUACUGGUUACAUAAUAAUGUAUGCAAUCCAACGCGGCACGAGCGGUGCAGCAGAAGAGUGGACGGCGGUGACCGUUAUAGGAGAUCGAGUGCGAGCGCGCGUCGAGCGACUGCGCCCUCGCACUGCGUACAAUUUCAAGAUACAAGCACGAAAUAGCAAGGGAUUGGGGCCCUUCAGUGCUACUGUUGCAUAUACCACGGGAUUGGAGAGCGGCGCGGGUGGUGGGCUGGCGGGUGCGACAUCCGCGUGGUUGUGGGCGAGCGCGGGUGGUGCGUGCGCAGUACUGGCGCUGGCGGCUGCGCUCGCGCUGUCUCUAUGCUGCCGUAGACACCAGCCGCCCAUGUCGCCGGAUACCAGUACGUACCAAAAAGCGUCUGCGUCAGCUGCCAUCAAACCCCCCGACCUGUGGAUCCAUCACGACCAGAUGGAGUUGAAGCACAUGGAUAAGAGCCUCCACAGCUCCGCCAGUAAGAUUUCGGCGGGUAGUGUAGAAGGCAGUGCGCUAGUAUCGUCCACUCUCACCCUAGCUCGAGCCGCGCCCAGCGCGGCAGAGUAUGAACCGGCAAGACAUGCCCACGCCCACGCCCACGCCCCUUCACUGGCCAGCUUGGAUAGACGAUAUGUGCCCACGUAUGUUGCUAUGACAGGAGUGGGAGUAGGUGUGGGAGUGGGCGUGGGAUGUACUGGCACCUGCGAGAGAAGAAGACACAUGGCUGAUCAGAGUACGCCGCUACUAUCGGGUGUGGCGCCUCUGGGCUCUCCACAGGCUUCGCUGGGCUCGUUACACCACCACGCGCUACCACCACCUGCACCCUGUGGUUCAGGACAGUGUCCGUUGGGUAGUGCGUGUUCGGUGCCCGGCGGGGGAGUCCCGGGUGGCGCCGGGUCGGAUGUAUACGCCAGCGCGAGCACCGCACGCGAACGUGGACACUACGUGGCGUAUGAACCGCUCGGACAUUACACACAUCGCGACUCCCUAAGCAGCGACGUGGGCUGCGCGCCUGGCGUGGGCGUGGGUGUGGGCGUGGGGUCGGUGGGUGGCGUGGGCGUGGGCAACACGAGCGCGGGCGGGUCGCUGCAGCGACGCGCGGGCUGCGGAGCCCUGCACAGCUUCACUCUGCCGGACACUGCGUCUGACCAUUCUACGCCAUCACAUUCUAAGGCGGGCAGUGUGAGAGAGACGUCGCCAUACAAAAAGAGUGCGAGCUCUUCCCCCGGACACAUUCCUAACAGACUACAGCUCGGUGGAGGAGUGACCCACUGCUCAGAGGAACUCGAACCCCUGACCCCUUCGCGGUCAACGGAGAGACUCCACCGUGAAAUGCAGAACCUCGAGGGUCUGAUGAAGGAUUUGUCAGCAAUAACGCAGAACCAGUUCCAUUGC